CUUGGUUUGAAAUGGUCUGUGAUGUCCUGUGUGCCACACUGGGAUGGAUGCAUACCGGCUGUCGGAUAAUACACACUUCCUUCCCCUAACUUUUCGUCUUGACCAGGAAAAAUAUAACGAAGAAACUCAUGUACGUCGCUUCCUCAAGAAUUAGGUUGCCUCGAGGUCAGUCGGCGCACUUUAGUCGAAGACUUGCAGUCAGUUUCGGUGCUUUCCUUCUAACCGUUGCACUUUUGGCCCUCACACUCAAGUGGUACCUUCCAAGUCCCCUGGAUAUCAUCAAGACUCCAGUAUUUCCAAAGAUUGACCGAAACCCAAAACCGUAUACAAUUCACCUUGUUCAUGUGAUCAAAGGAGAGGCUACACUGGCUCGAUCUAUUACGUUGUUGAAGAGUGUGUUCUACUACCGGGGCAUACUCAGAUCAAAUUCACCGGAAUGCUAUCUUCGGAGAAUCCCAUCGCCACAUCUGUGUGCCAAACAACGCGUGAUAGAACAAGCGUCCAUUCACCUACAUCUCAUAGUUGAACAAAAACUUUUAUCCGCGACACAUUCCUGCGUCAACCAAUGGAGGGUGGCCCAGUUCAACUGGAGUGUUUACGAUUUGGAUCUCUACUUGCCUCGAGUUAGCUGGAUUCGAAAUCGGCAUGGUUCUGGGGUGGGUGCCCUUUCAAAGAUGCUUGUUCCCGAUAUACUUCCCACAAGUGUAACCAAGGCAAUAGUUCUGGAUACUGACACCCUCCUUAACGCAGAUAUUCUGGAGUUAUGGAAGCUGUUCGACAACUUUACUCAGAUCCAGAUUUUUGGAAUGGCCUGGGAAACGGACCCACUCGGUCCAGAAAACGCUGAAAUCCCAAUUCCUAAAAAUGGAGUAAAUUCUGGUGUGGUUUUGAUGCACCUGUCUCGGAUGCGGAGGGCAAAAUGGUCUCAGCUAUUUGAGUGGGCGGUCCGUGAGGUUCUUUUUCAAUACGGAGUUCUCUCUAUUGGAGAACAGUCAGCAUUGAAUGUUCUUAUUCAGAACCGACCAGAAUUAUACUACCCUAUUCCGUGCGAAUGGAACCUACAGCUCUGGUCUGAAGCUGUAUUAUUUUCCUGCCCCGUAAUAUGGACAGACAGACUCUCUGAGGAGGCCAUUUGCUCGGAGUACGAAUCGCCAAAACAUGGCGAUCUCGCUCAUCCGGGCAUACCGAAUUUGGUACACAGCAACUUCUCACCUGGAAAACCGGAGAGUGGCGGUAAUGCACCUUCGUCAUUUCGAGCUUCGUUGAAUGCAUCGAAAGCACAGACAAUGGAUGAAUUGCGUUUGAGAUUCCUCGAAGUAUACUGGAGCUUCCAGCCCAUUCCACAAAGCUGUUUUCAUUAAUCGACCGGGUUGGUUUUUUGAUCAGUAAAUCCCAGAAGUUCCCCGUGUAUAGACACAGAUGUCACUUGUUUCAAAGAGCAACGGAUUAUCGGUUUUGGAGACUUCUUUUUGCGCCUUUUUUUGUCCCUAUUAGCCUGUAUAUUUUUGCCAAUCUACCGAUCGCCUUUGUUCUUCAUACAAGACUUAUUGAAAAUUACUUGACUCGAUAUUUUAGUCAUCUCACCAUGACACCCUGAAAUGCUUCACCUAGUUCAAAGUAAAAACAGAAAGUGCAUGCAACAUCCAUAGUGAUGGAGUGUUUCAACUGACAGUUCAUCUGCUGUGGUAUCAAAAUGUGUGUGUGUGUGUCGUAUAAACUUCAUGGGCAUAGCUGUUUCUAUGGUGUUUAUUUUCCGUGACUAUUUUUGUUACUUUUGCCCUCCACCCCCUCCCGUUCAAUCGUGAAUUCCAAACACCAGUCCCAUUGUAUCAAAAUUUUGUUAUAUGUGAAAUGCUUCGAGCGUUCAAAGCAAUCAGAAGUACUAUCAGCCGCUGGAGUUCACAGUAUGUAGCAAUAAAACACCA